AUGACAAGAGGCUCACGGCCAAACUCGCCUCUGGCACCCGCCGCGGACUCCGGCUACCUACUCCUUGUGGAGUGCCACGGCGGCAGUGGGGGAGGCCAGGCAUUUCAGCUCGGGGCCGAGCUCCUCCGCUGGCCUGAGGAGGUUGCGGCGAGUGUGCACGGUGGCGGGGGCGCCACCCUCCCCAGCCUCCACAUCAGCAACAAGUACUUCUCCGCGCGGGUUCGUGUCGUGAUCACUGACAGUGAUGUCCUGACGGCCGCCGAGGUGGCAGACGCGGCGGAUGACUCGCUGGUGUCGAGGCUGCUGCGGCCGCCGUCGGUGAACAAGGCGGGCUGGGCGUUACUCGUCGACGGCUCUGUGCACCCGGAUCAAGUCCCCUGGCACCGCGUUCCCUCUUCGUGUCUCUUCCGCGUUGUGGUAAACUUCACCGCGGCCGGCGCGAAGGUGCGUGAGGAGACGUGGUACGAUGCCUGCGUGGCCAACGGUUUUGAGUACGUGCCGCACUCGGAGGGCUUUGAGGCGCUGUCGGCAGAGGUGGGGCGCAGCGGCCUGCUUGGGGGAGACCAUCGAGGCGCCGCGCGGGUGAGUCAGAUUCUUCACAACACAAUGUGGCCAGAGCCGUGUCGCGUACCCAACGGGGCCGGCAGGGGCGCCGAUGAGCAGGCGGCAGGGCGCCGUGCGGUUGCCACGAACCUGCUGGUGGUUGUAGGCGCCGGUGGGGGUGACGUCCUCCAUUGGCUCUGUGCGGCGGGCAGGGACCGUCGCUUCUUCACCGCCCCGUGGCCGUUGAGGGCGGAGGCAGCGGCGCGGGAGCCAAGAGAAACCCGCUCCUGGAGGCGAGCGGGGGAAGGCGAGUCGCAGACGCUGGGGCUUGUCAACAAGUACUACACUGCGGUAGUGGAGGCGCAGUGCCUGCACCCCGCGUUGUUCUGCCCCGCCAUGGCCGACCUAUUUCUGGCCCAGUACGGCGACAGGCGGCCGAAGCUGGCCAUUGUGCCGUGGCCCCCGACGCCCCCCGGGCAGGCAGGGGAGAGGGCGGCUUCCCCGCAACUGCCUGUCCUCAUCGAGUACCUCCGUCGGUGGGGCGUCGACGACUGCGUCCUGCUCACCCGAAGGGCGGGUGAGUCCCUGUCUCCCUUUGAGCUGCACUACAGCGAGGAGCAGGGAGUAGAGGUGGUGUGCAUGGCGGGGGGGGAGUCGCCACGCGAUGAGGCGGAGGCACGUGCGUUUGGCACCGUUGGGGCGGACCGGCUUGCGGAGAUUAUCCACACAGUUGAGUGGCCGCAGCGCACCCCUCUCCCGUCAGCGCCACAGACACCGGGGCCGACGUCGCCCUCGUUGGCCGCGAGAAAGCCGGCGAAUCGUGUGCUGCUGUGGGCGUGCGCCGCCUCUGCUCUGGAGGAGGAGCAGCUUUUCCGCGCAACCCUCCACAUGUGCUUCUCCGUGGCUCUGGACCACAGCACGGCGGCGCUUCCCUCGACGGGGUCUGCCUCCAUGGAUGCGCCGCUGACGACGAUGACUGUGCACAAUCGGUACUUUGACGCCACUGUCGGUGUUCACUCCUUCGGUGGCGCUCGCAGCGCCGUUAUGCGGGAGCCCGAACCCGCAGUUUCGCAGCUGCACACGUUUGGCGUCGUCGCUCUCCUGACGAGGGCGGAGGAUAUGUCUGACGCGUCGGCCUGCGCCGCGGUGCAAGCGGCGCUUGAAAGGUGCUACGGCGCCCAGCGUGCCCGCCGCGGCAUCGGCGACCCCGAGUGCCUCCUCCUCCUCCACGACGAACAGCACGGCGGGGACAUGACGCCUCGGCUGUGCGCAGCGGCGGAGGCGACACCGGUGUACGUGUGGUACGUCGUAGACGGCGACGAGGCUGACGACGCCCUCGCCGCGCGUGUUGAUGGCGUGCUGCUUCGCGCCGCGUCAGCAACACGUGACACGGCGCCAGUCGGAGCCGAAGGGGACGUGUCCGCCGUGCGUGAAGACGGCAGCGGCGGGUCCGCGGAAGCCUUGGAUGUCGUCAGCAGCGACACUGAGAGCGACUUUGCUGCCGUGACGCCGAUUGAGGUGCUGUACGGCGUGGGCGAAGUGGACGGCGCGACGCGGCUGCGUGAAGCGGUGGAGCAGCACGUCUGGCCGCUCCGGACGAUGUCGGCCAGUGCGCCCCAGCAAGAAGCACAGCAAGCGGCGGAGGACGACGAGCCAGCGACGGGGCAUAACGCGGACGGCAGGUUGUAUGGGGAGAGGGAAGAGGAGGGGGAGAGCAAGGCGGUGGCGGCGGUGGCUGCCGCGUUGGUGUUUGGCUGCGAGCUCCCAUCGGAUUACCUCGUAGACCCACUCACCCAAAGGUCAGUGCGGGUUGAGGCACUGACGGUGGCGGCUGAGGGCACUUUGUGUGGGCGAGAGACCCACACGCUGCAGCAGCAGCAGCAGCAGCAGCAGGAGUUGGAGCAGGAGCUCGUGGCGUGGAUGGACAAGAUGAAGCGCCACGGCCACCUGCUUCCCCGCACCGUGCGCCAGCGGCAGGCAGAGUUGCUUGCCACCAAACUCGGUGAGCAUCUCGGCAAACUGGGCGAAGCGUGA